AAAUACAUACGGGGACACUUCUGUGUUGGGGACGAGACAAACUACAGGACCUGCUUAUCCUCGCGAGAACAGUACUGCUUCCGCUUUCACUGACGAAGGAAAGCCUGAGGGAUUGGAUAUGGUUUGUAAGGUCCCUUGGUUUUAAAUUGUAAACCCCACAAAACAACAUACAGGGUGAAAGGUUUCAGCCAUGGCAGACAUGGAAGAGGAAAGGAGCCCCCCACCACAGACAGUUGGUUCUGUGCAAUUCUUGUUGGCCAACAAAUUGGAGACGGCUAUGUGGCUCUCCCGUCUGUUUACUGUGUACUGCUCAGUUUUGUUUAUUCUUCCUCUACUAGGGUUACAGGAGGCUGCUAAUUUUUACCAACGUGCCUUGCUGGCCAAUGCUCUUACCAGUGCUCUUCGACUACACCAAAGGUUACCACAUUUCCAGCUAAGCAGAGCAUUCCUGGCACUGGCUUUGUUGGAAGACAGUUGUCAUUAUCUCCUGUUUUCCCUAAUAUUUGUGAACUCAUUUCCCGUUACAAUGAGUAUUUUUCCAGUCUUUCUGUUUUCUUUGCUUCAUGCUACCACAUACACAAAGAAAGUACUUAAUGCAAUGGGCCCAAACAGUAUGGCCUUUGUGAGGACCUUUCUGGAUAAGCUUGCAACAAACCAGCAAAACAUUCUCAAAUUUAUUGCUUGUAAUGAAAUUUUUUUGAUGCCAGCUACAGUCUUCAUGCUUUUCAGUGGUCAAGGAAGCUUGAUACAGCCAUUUAUUUAUUACAGAUUUCUAACUCUGCGCUACUCAUCCCGCAGAAACCCAUAUUGUCGAACUCUUUUCACUGAGAUGAGGAUCCUGAUUGAACAUUUUAUAAUGAAGCCUGCCUGCCCUGUGUUCCUAAGAAAAAUGUUUCUCAACAGCAUUGUCCUUGUUAGCUGGUUGGCACCAACAGGGGCAUAAUGAAACUGGGAUAUUGUCUGGGUAUAGAAAAAUAUCCUGAAUAUUUCCAGCAGCUGGUCCUUCUGCUAAAUACUAUAUUGCUAACGUUUUAUUCCAUAAUGCACUGAAUCUUCUUUUGAGUCGGAACCUUUCAAAAUACAGUUUCACAACACUGAGUACAUAUUGAGGUCUCUGUUGUUUAUCAUUUAGGUGUUUUAAGGUUUGUAAUCCUAAAUGCUGUGAGCCCAGUCAGCCCUAAGGAUUUUUUAGUUUUUAUAAAUCAGUGGUGGUCCCCUUUUCUUUUACGUAUGAGGGAAACAAAAAGAUAAAUCCACUAUCAGUAUUUUUUUUUUUUUAAAUGUGUAUCCUGUAUAAAUGCAACUUUUUUGUUAAAUGUUCUGGAUAAUUUAGAGUUCUGUUUCCAAUAUACAGUAGCAACUGAAUGACAAAUUGAUUUAAUCAUCAUUGUACUGUAUUUUACCAGCCAAAAUUAUUUAAAAGGAGUCCACAUAUUAGUUUUUUAUCAUGUCUAUAAAAAAAUGAUAAUUUUUAAUCAGUUAGAAAUACAGAAAGCAUUGCACACCAUUUUAUCACAGUAGUUUCUUCUGAAAUAUUCUUUUAAAAAAAUCUUUAAAUACCAUUUGAAGAAUUUUAUUUUUCAAAGGAAUGUGUGUGAUCUUUGAUGUACCAUAUAUUUAAACUGCAUUUCAAUAUCCCGUUUCAUCUGUGUUCAGCAUGUGGUUUUCAGGAAUUACAAUAAAUAUACGAAUGUGUGAUUUACAAGAUGUGCAGCCAUGGAAUCAGUAUGUGGUCAUGUACCUGGACCAAACAAAGAAAUCUGAUAAUAAAUAACUUGUAUUAAAAAAAAAAAAAAAAAAAAAAAAAAAGGGUCAAGUACCCCAUUGGAUUAUUGAUGGCUUUAUUUGAAUGUGUCAGUGUGGUUAUGAUGACAUGAUUUAAGAGAAAUGAUAUAAAACAGUCUGUAUUUCCAUGUUGCUGUUAUAAAAAAUCUGGAUAGCCAACAUUUAUAGGAAGGAAGCUUUUAUUACUUCUACUCUAGUAAUAUCCUAGAACAUGAAAAAUAUAGCAGUUAGGGUUAUGUUACCUUACAAGAAAUUCAAUAAUCAUUUCAGUUAAUCUGUCUGUAGUGCAUGUUAGUUGAUGCAAGCAUCCUUGUUAUUUAAAUAUGGGUAGCAGUGUGUUCAAUGUAGAAGCCUUGAGCUCCAGGUACACAUUUAGAAAUACUAUUAAGUAAAUCUAAUUAUUUCAGUUUGAUAUUUAUUUUCCAUAUAUUAUAACUUUUUCAAAGCUUGUUAUUUAUCAGCUUUUGUAAUGAGCUAUUUCUGCUGUUGCAGAUAUAGCUGCUUGAACGGCUGUUGUAUAAUUUUCCUUGGUUCAGAUGUAUUCUAUUCUGCAUUUUGUCAUGGGAUUUUAUAUUGACUACAGUUUCUACUUGAAUAAAGUAUAUGGCUGGGA